GUUGGCAACACACGCCGGAAGGGAGGAGGGACCUGUCUGUCGGUGUAUCUGUCUGUCUGACGACGGGGUUGCAGGAGACAGGCAGAGCCGCCGGUGUUUGUGAUGGGAGCUCACUAACGAGGAAGGGCGACUACACCUUUAAGUGAAAGAGAAAACUCAGAAACAUUCAGCGGUGUUGCUGGGUCGCGUUGCUGGUUUAUUGGGCUUACUGGGACUUUCGAUAUGAUAAUUUUUAAAAUAUUUUUUUUAUUUUGCUGCCUACCAAAUGUCACAGGUCAGUUUGGGAACCCCUUAAACAAAUACAUUCGCCACUAUGAAGGUUUAUCAUACGACACAGAUGCCCUACACAACAGUCACCAGAGAGCCAAGAGGGCCCUCUCUCCUCAGGACAGGACUGUGACCCUGGACUUCCAGGCACAUGGAAGAUAUUUUAACUUGAAGAUGAAGAGAGAUACAACUCUGUUUCCUCCAGAUCUCAUCGUUGAGGUAUCAGGAGUGGAGGAACCUGUUGAUACAUCUCAUAUUUACAGUGGAGAAGUCUUUGGUGAGAAGGGCACCCUGACCCAUGGCUCGGUGGUCGAUGGGCGCUUUGAAGGUUUCAUUGUAACUCACCAAGGAACAUACUAUGUUGAACCCUCAGAAAGGUACCUUAAGGACAAGAAUGUACCCUUCCACUCUGUCAUCUAUCACGAGGAUGACAUUGAUUAUCCUCAUAAGUAUGGCUCAGAGGGUGGCUGCGCUGACCACUCGGUGUUUGACAGGAUGAGGAAGUACCAGGCAUCAGCAGCAGAGGAGCCAGUCAAAGAUAAAAACAGCGUCUUAGAGGAGGAGAGCUCUCAUGGUCCUGUUAUUCUGAGGAGAAAAAGAGCAGCAGCAAAGGAGAAAAACACUUGCCAGCUCUUCAUCCAGACUGACCAUCUUUUCUUUAAAUACUACGGCACAAGAGAGGCUGUCAUUGCCCAGAUCUCCAGUCACGUCAAGGCCAUUGACUCCGUCUACCAGGGCACAGACUUCAUGGGCAUCCGAAACAUCAGCUUCAUGGUCAAAAGGAUUAGAAUAAAUUCCACAAAUGAUGAAAAGGACAAAUCAAAUCCUUUUCGCUUUGCCAACAUCGGAGUGGAAAAGUUUCUGGAGCUAAACUCUGAACAGAACCACGAUGACUACUGCCUUGCUUACGUCUUCACCGACAGGGACUUUGAUGAUGGGGUGCUCGGCUUGGCUUGGGUUGGCGCUCCUUCAGGAAGCUCUGGAGGCAUCUGUGAGAAGAGCAAAUUGUACUCCGACGGGAAGAGGAAGUCUCUGAACACUGGUAUCAUCACUGUUCAGAACUACGCCUCACAUGUCCCUCCCAAGGUGUCACACAUCACCUUUGCUCAUGAAGUGGGCCACAACUUUGGCUCCCCUCAUGACUCUGGGAUUGAAUGCACCCCUGGAGAGUCUAAGCACCAGGAAGAAAAGGAGCGGGGAAACUACAUCAUGUAUGCAAGAGCUACAUCAGGAGACAAACUAAACAACAACAAGUUCUCCAUCUGCAGCAUCCGCAAUAUAAGUGCUGUUCUGGCCAAAAAGAGAGACGAUUGCUUUGUCGAGUCUGGCCAGCCUAUCUGUGGAAAUGGACUGGUGGAAAUUGGAGAACAAUGUGACUGCGGAUACAGCGAUCAGUGUAAAGACACCUGCUGCUAUAACGCCAAUGAAGCAGAGGGCAAAAGAUGCAAACUCCAACCUGGCAAAAUCUGCAGUCCCAGCCAAGGCCCAUGCUGCACAGGGGAGUGUACUUUUAUGGGCAGUAUAGCAAAGUGCAGACUGGAGUCAGAGUGUGCCAAAGAGGGCAUGUGCAACGGAGCUACUGCUCUGUGUCCAUCCUCAGAACCAAAGCAAAACUUCACAUCCUGCCAUUCAGAGACACAAGUCUGCCUUAAUGGGGUAUGCUCUGGUUCAAUUUGCGAAAAGUAUGGCCUGGAGGUUUGCACCUGUGCCAGCCAAAACAGCCAGGAUGAAGCAGCUGAGCUGUGCCACGUGUGCUGCAUGGAGAAAAUGGAACCCAGCACCUGCAGCAGCUCAGGCUCAGAGAAAUGGGCCCAAUACUUCAACAAGAAGGUGACGACGCUGCAGCCUGGUUCCCCCUGCAACGACUUCAAGGGCUACUGUGAUGUAUUCAUGAGGUGUCGUCUGGUGGAUGCUGACGGGCCCCUGGCAAGGCUGAAGAAGGCCAUCUUCAAUGCAGAACUCUAUGAAAAUAUUGCAGAGUGGAUAGUGGCUCACUGGUGGGCAGUGCUGUUGAUGGGCAUCGCUCUUAUUAUGCUAAUGGCUGGCUUCAUCAAAAUCUGCAGUGUCCACACCCCCAGCAGCAACCCCAAACUGCCUCCACCAAAGCCACUGCCAGUUACCCUGAAAAGGAGAAGACAGCAGCAACCAAACCAGCAGUCCCAGGGCCAGCGUCACCUCCGUCAGCCAAGAGAGAACUAUCAAAUGGGACAUAUGAGACGCUGAGACACUGCUCCGCUCUUUGCCUUGGUUCUUCCUAGUGCCUACAUCGGGAGCACUUCACUCCAAAGAGAUACCUUUAUUACAUUUAGCAAAAUACAAAGAACUUGCACCUGGAAUCGAUUUUUCACUGGACUAAGCCUGAAGUUUGGGGCCUAACAAACUCAUUCAGCACAUCUGCUCUGAGAGCCAGAUUAGCAGUGGUUCAAACAGCUUUUAUAGUAAAUAACUUUUGCAAGGAGCAACAGGAGGAGAAAUUCACUGAUCUCUGAAAUGUCGUCUUAAUCCUUUUUUAAUCCUUUUUUCUUCCCCAGAAUGGAGGCUAGGGAAGCAUAUUCACCUUCCCCUGUCCUCCGUCUGUACCAUCUGCUUUUCCCCCUGUUCUUCCUCUCUGAGGUGCUGCCAUCAUCAGCACAAUAGCAGGAUUGCAAGUCAAAUUGUUUUUGAGAGGUUAAGUUCUAAAUACAUCUAAUUUUUGCCAAUAUAAUAAGAUGUUUCAAAUCAAAAUACCAUAACAAGCUUUUUAUUUCAAAGCAUACAUGUUCUUUCAGCGUGCAAUCUUACAGAUAUUGUAGUACUUUUUCUCUGUUUCAAUGAUUAUUUUUUAAUUCACUUUCUCAGGAUUUAUAAAAAACAACAGUGGACAAGAGUAUGGAGUGAAAAGGUGGCUGCUUGCGUUUUUUAAGUCCCUCCUAACUGUAUAGAAGGGUUGCGGGGCUGUAGAGGAGAGGUUGCUUGAAAAGAAUGUAGAUAAACACGCUGAAUAAGAUUACAUAGUCAUCCAAUAUCAGAUCCUGUGGAGGGGAGAGAGAUGCUUUGGUUAUGUAGAUUUCUUGUGAUAGGGUUCUGCAGCCGUGUUUACAUAGAGGCAGAGUCUGUGGCUGAGAGAAAAGCUUUCUACUACUUGAUUGUAACACAUCAUCUUUUAUUUUAUAAAACCUGUUUCUACCUGAUUCAUCGCUUUCACUCCUAUUUGUGGCACAUUUUGUAUAACAACCACUUUGUGCUACAUGUAUUCAGAAUAUAAAUAGUUAAGAAUGUUUCUAAACUUAACUCUUGGGACAAAAAAAUCCUUCAUAAACGAGAAGUAAUUUUGGAAAGAAAGUGUCCUGGAGUGAUUGUCUCACCCACGUUCUUUUUUUUUUUAAUUGUUGUUUUCUGUCACUUUUCAAUUGCACACACUGGCUGUUAUUUAAGAAAUGACUAAAUCUGUUCAAACCACUAAAAUGCAGUUAAAUCCUCUGGGCCUCUGUAGCCUGGUGAGCCCUUCUGGAUAAUGUGAUUUUGGAUUGAGCUUUUAUUGAUUUUACUUGCAGUUCAGAUUAUUUAUAUGUGAAGAAAUCAGUUGAGUAAAUCUCGAGCUUCUGAUUUUAUUGCUGCUUUGUUGUUGCUGUUAGCAAACAGAGAGAAAAAUCACUUUGCGUUAGCCAUCCAGCCGCUGUUCUGUCCUUUCAUUUUCCACUUUUCAGAUUUUCCUUUAAGAAACUCUGUAUCCCUUGGUUCACCCUCUUGGUUUUUGUAGACAUUAAAAUGUGCCUACUCAGAGCAGUGUGACUGAAGUCGGUGUACCGGCGUCAGUGAUCUUUAGUAGGCCUGAAACCAAGCAUGUGGUGGCACUUCAGCCCGAGCACUGUUCAGAGUCUUGGCCGCUGAGAUUGCAGUGGCAAUUAAAAACACAAAAUGUCAUAAUAUAAUUUGCUUUUUUCAGAUCUUUGAGGGCCCACUAUAAUAAUUACUUUGUACAACACUCGAACAGCUCUGAUUUGACUUCCAUUGAGUCUCUGUUUGUAUUGAACCAGAUUAAAUUAAGGAAAACUUCACUGACAGAUGGUUGAGAGUGCGGCCUUUAAAAUAUAAUGAAAUAUUUAUAUGUAUAGUUUCUGUAUGAUUAUUUUAGACUGCUAUGACUUGGCGGAGAAAUACAGAUAUUUUUUUCUUACCCUUGCAUCCAGCGUGUGGUGAGCUGCUGGAUGCUUUCAUUUAUCCCUCCGAUAGAUUCUAUGCAGAGUAUCACAGAGCUCAACAGCGAACAAGUAAGCCUCUUACAGAGAAAUGCCUUCAAUGUUUUCUCUUCAAUGGGUACAUGGAAGAUGUGUUUUCUGUCAUUUGUUUCUCUACAAACAAAAUAUGCAAUCCUCUGUUGCUUUAGAAACUGAUUUUGUUUGUUUUUUUUGGUGCUACUAGCAGUGCUUUUUUUAUUGGGUCUGAGCUUAAAGUUAUUUUCAUUGUCUUUGGCAAAUUGUAAAGCUUCUGCGUGUGAAGUAUGUGUGAAUGGCAUGCGUGAGUGUGUGUGCAUGUGUGUGCGUGAAAGAUGCUUCACUGAAUCAUCUUCGUUGUUAUUGUAAACUGAGGACUAUACUGGGUUUUAGGGGAUUAUACUCUGGGAAUUCUUUCUUCAUGAAUUGCUAUGAUGUUGAGAAAAUGUGCACUGAAGUGUAAGUGAUGUAAACAGCAAAUCCAAAAUGGUAUAGAUUCAUUACUACUGUCUUGAUUUGAAUCUGUUCUAUGUUUUAUACAGUGUCUUCAAAUGUCUAUUUGUUUUUCACCCUGUUUUUGUUGUUUCCCAUUUUGCUUAAGUUGAAAUUGAAUUAAAUUUGCAAAGGUAAUAUACAAAAAUUGAAUUUCCUUUGAACUACUUGAACUGCAUUAAUAAACCUGAUUUGAUCAAA